ACAGAGGAGCUGACACAGUUCAGACCGCCGGGAGAAAUCCACCUGUGACGCCGCCUUUCGGUGUGUAGUGUCUCCUGACAAUCGCCUUUCAACAAUCCCAAAUCCAACUCUUGGCACAAUUGGGCACAUGGAAAGUCACAGUGACCAUAGGUGAAACGCUGCAUCAACAGAGACGAGGACAGAGAAGAUCUGGCUGCGCAAAGACAAAGACUCGAGCCCGAAUUAUUAAGACAGGAUGGAAACGAACGGGAUCGCAAAAGACACAGGUGAGGUUAGGUACUUUCCAAAGUCAAAAUGAGGCCGUUUUGGAGUCGUUUGGAUUAUAUUUGUUCCAGACUUUCUAACAAUGGAUAAUCUGCUCAAAGCAUGCAUGCAAACAAAAGUUUUUUUUGUUCAGUUUUCUUUCAUUGAAAUUGUUGCAGAUCUACUUUUAUGUUUACUAACUCUGCGUUCAUCGAAAUGUCUCUAAUCGGGAUCACCUUGAUACAUUUCUAAGAUAACUCUGUCAAAAGGUGUGGUCCCUGCCAUCCAGGCUAGUUUCACCUUGCUAUAAACAUGCGCAACUGUUUCCUCACCAAAACAGCGAUCAGCCCAAAGUUAAGCAGAAGUUAAAACCGACUAAAACUACAAACGGAAUGGCCAAGGGGCGCUUUAUAUAUUUCUCAGCAUUUAUGUUUGUUCAAAUGUUUGUCAUCACAUGUUAUCCUUAUCCAAAUGGGCAGGUUGGGUUGAUUCAAAUCACGGCUCUGAACGGUAGCGGAAAGUCACCACAAGAUGGAGAUAGUGAAUCACAAAGUGGGCGUUAUAGUUUGUGGCCACAGGUAUUUAAAGGUUUUUUGAGGUGGGUUAUCGCGCCAAGAUCCUGAUAUUAUGAGACUCCAAUCACCUCCAAUGUGUCUGGUGAAUAUGUGACCAAUCUUCUUUCUAUUCUGACCAAAGUAAACCAAAAUCACUGGGUUGUAACUGCUAUGCAGACCAGACGAUCUCCCUUUCACUGGCUUUUAGCAUCUUUUCACAUUAGAUCAAAUGUAAAGGUGCUUUCAACAGGAACUUUCCUCAGGAUCAAGGAAUCUUUUGAUUACAUCUGUCCAACACGUCAGGAACUAGGGUCUGGUUUCUUUUUCAGGUUAAUUUACCCCAUAAUAAGUUCUUGCUCGGGUGGUUCUGUCCAAAGUCAGGGAACUUGGAGGCAGAGCCUGAAGACAAAAACAUUUAUUAAAAAGUUGCCUCUUUAUUUACAUUUUAAAAACUAACUGCACUGAUGCAUACACGAUGAAAAAUUGUUCUCAAAUAUGGCCCCCUAAACUAAUGAAUAACACCAUGUACCCCUAUGCUUAAUUUACACAAAGACACUAGCUGAGCAGAGAGAGGGGCAGACAGGAAGAGUCACACAGGGGAGCUUGCACUGGUGCAAAUAUUUCUUUAAACAUUAUGUUAUUUAAUAAAUCAUAUUGUCCACCUGUUGCUUAAUUUGACAACUUGAAAAGUUCAGCAGACUUAAAUAUUUGCAAGUGACUUCAUUUAGACUAACCAAAGAAAACUUUCCUUAAAUAGCCUACUCAUUUUAUGCCUGUGGGCUGAUAUGCAUAGUCUUCACGAGACUUAAUGUCACAUUGGAAAGCAGACAACAGAAGCCAGAGUUUCUUUUAGUUCCUACACAAGUUCUCUGUAAGCCUUUUUGGUAGAAACGCACCUAAGAUCUGUGUCUGGAAACUCCCAGCACAGUUAGCGAUAUAAGUGCAGCUCCACACCUUAUAUGUCACACUAUUUAAGUAAUUUGAAUGAAAGUCUAAUAAAAUAGUAUGAUUUCAUUAAGCUAAUUGAUAGAAAAGGAUUAAGCUGCAAAAAAGUUAAAAGUGUGAUGGCCUGAAUUUCCACUAGCCGUGUUCCUGCAUCGUUGCCAGUACAUUAUAUUGUUUAUUGCUCGUGCUUUUUAUGCUGAUAAGGACAUAUGAAUUUGAAAUAAAUGAUUAAGUGCCAUUUGUAGCAAACAUUUAACCAGUUAUGUAGUUGCUGAUUCAGGAUAGCUGUGGUGUCUUCAAUCAUAGUUGCAUUCACGUGCUCUCGGAUGCUCGGAGUUCUUAAAUUAUUAAGUUGUUCUUUCAACAACAGUUAAAAGUUGUAAAAUCCAAAUGAAUUGUAUGUGGUAAAAAUUAUGUAGUAGGCUACAUUUUAUUGCCCAUGGAUAAACUAGAUCACCUGUUUCAGAGAGCCUGAUGCCAUUAUAUUAUCAGCGAAUGAGCCACAAAUGGAAAGAAGUUGAUAGUGAGUGAGUUCUUUUUACUUUAGUGCCACUAUUCUCUAAUCCGUCAUAUUUCUGAGUGAUAAAAAAUCAACUCCACAACUAGGUUGCAAAACCUUUCCCCAUCUUCGCCUCGUGAGUGGACUUGGAAAAGUAUUAAAGCUAAUUUCCCGUGGGGAACUAUUUUUUCCGAUUAUUCCAGCAGCACGUGAAUGCAGGGUAACGGUUUCCAACGUGGUUAUUUCAACAAGUUCUCUUAAAACGAUAAAAACAAUGGCAGCAUUCCGCAUAAGUGGGAAGAAGACUGAAACAACCUCCUUCUUUGUCAGGACAUGCUCUCAGUUUUUUAGUCAUAAAAAUGAUGGUACGUGUCUGGCAGUCAGCUGACGGGGGAGAAGUGAACUUUGAGAGGGGGUGGAUCACGCCCUUCCUCACACACCGUGGUCGGUCCAGACGGCCGUGAGUAGCCGUGUGUCUGUAACUCAGGGAACUAUGCAUUGCCUGCAAAGACAACCCGAACUCAGCAGAUCUGAGGAAUUAAAGCGCCAUGUCUACAACGAGAAGGUGAUACAAAUGAAUGCAAAGCUCCUAGGUAGGCUGCACUGCAGUUUCUCGACCGAUAACAGACGUUUUCAAAGGGUUGAACAGGGUCAAAAGUGUUUGUGGUCACGGUGUGGAUCUAAGCUUGAUCUCAGUAUGUCAAAGCUCUGAAGGUUGUGUGUCAAGUGUUAUUUAUUUUUUGUCAUGUUGUGUCCUGAUGAGAUCAAUGAAUGUUAAGGAUGUUUAGUCCACCAACAUGUGAUUUGUGUGAAGUGGGAGAAAAUGCAAAGAAGGAGUGUCUGUUGAUCUGUUCCCUGUGCUCCUCUAUUUCUCAGGUAUGGAGGGCGACGGAGAUCUCAAUUUCCUCCUGCAGGGGGGAGACCUCCUGAAGGUCCGCUCCCAAUCUUGGAAGAAGACUCGCUACUACAAACUCCAGGAGGACUGCAAGACCAUAUGGCAUGAGUCCAAAAAAACCUUCUGGCGAAAGCAUACCUGUGAGUGCUUUCCAAACAACCCGCUGACAUGUGUGUGAGACCCACUAGAAAGAAAAACCCUUCUCAUCUGUCUGGUGUUGUCAUGGACAUAUGUUCCAUCAUUUUCCUUUGUUUCAAACUUAUGUCAAUGACGUACAUGACUUAUAUCUUUGCCACCGUCUAAUGUUAAACCUCCAUGGAUUAUAAAAGUCAGUCAUAGUUAUAAAAUAACUUGUCUCUCUGAAAGCCUUUCGUAUUAUCUCUGAAACACCUGGGUCAUUUCAGAUAACAGUGAUCUGCUCUCUGGGUGUGCUUGUGUUAAGAUAGUGAUUUACUUUUUUAUAGUGUCUGGACGUAUUUAUCUGGUAGAAUUUGUGACAUUUAAAUGCAGUAUUGAUGAUGAGGUUCAGCAGCGUGACAGUUUGGUCUCGUAAUUAUGUUGCACACCCUUUGCACAGAGGCUACAGUCCUGGGUCUGGUUUCAAUCUGUGGCCCCUUUCUGGCAUGUCAACCCUCCCUCUUUCUCCUGGUUUUCUGUUCUUUCUGCUGUCCUAUUAUCUCUUUAAAAAGUCCUGAGGACCCUAAAGUGUAAUUUUAAAAUAUUUAAAACAAUGAAAUGAAUUCAUGUAGAAACAUUGACAGAACAUUUAUUUUCAAUGAAACAAAUUGGAGAAGAAUGAAAUUAAACAUGCAAGUGCAGAUGCCAUAAGCCAAAACCUAUUGAAUCUCCCUUCGGGGAUCCAUAAAAUUCUUUUUCUAUUAUCUUAGAAAUCAAGUGACCAUCAUUUGAAGGCAAUUUUGACUGGCUUUGGUUGCAUUUUAAAACUCACAGUGUGUCAAGCUUCAGCACAGGGCAGCUGUUUCUUAAGGGUUAAACUCAUUUUCUGGAAACCUCCAUUGUGUCUGCAGUAAACUGCAAACAGCAGAGUUGUGUUUACAAAGCAGGCAGGUCUGUGGUACCUGAGGGUACCAAAAUUACAUAAAAACAUCUCCUGUUUAAGCAGAACAAAGAAACCUUUUCUCCCCCUGUCCUCAGUUUCCCUCGAUGACAUUUCAACGGUGCGAUUGGGCCGACAGUCGGAGGGUCUGAAGAAGAAUACAGAGGAGCAGGUGGAGGGUCGCUGCUUCUCCAUCAUGUUUAAAGGCCGCCGCAAGAACCUGGACCUGAUCGCCAGCUCUGAGGAGGAGGCCAGGCAGUGGGUCAACAGUCUAGAGAAACUGUUGACCAGCAUUAACAACCUCAGCCGGCAGCAGAAGGCAGAGCAGUAUCCUUUACAUGACCACUGGUUCAUGAUUUAAGAUGAGAGUCCUCUGAUGAAAAUGCACAAACAGUGUUUUGUCAUGUUGAGGUAACUGAAACAAAAAAGUAUUCCUCCUCUGAGUGGCAUUGAUCAGCAGUAUAGCAACCAUCCGAGUCCAUGUAAAAAUGAAUACGGCUCAACCACAGCUACUUGUUGGCGGUGGGAGGUUGUUGUUUGUCACACCACUGUAGAGCUUGUCAGCCAUUUUACACACAAACAGUUUGGCCCCAGUUUUUCAAAAACUUACACCUGGUGAAGACUCUAAAUGUUGCAUUUGCUCCUUAACAUAAAAAACUUUACAGUUGGAUCUACAGCUGCCUGAGAAAAGCAGACAAGAACAAGGACGAUAAGCUGAGUGAGUCAGAGCUCAAGGAUUUCUUGCAUCUGAUCAAUGUUGAGGUGGAUGAUGACUACGCGACGGAGCUCUUCACGGUGAUGGGACUUAAAAAGCCUUAAGAUAACUUUAAGUAUCAAAACUACAAGUGAUUGUCCUUGAGAGUUAUAAAAAAGCAUAAAUAAUUUUAAAUUGAAGAAUUUUGACUCAUGAUCAAUAUCAGGUAACAGUCAGGAAAACUAACCUAAUGUUAAACAAUAUUAAACAAAGUCAACGUUGUUGUUGUGCCAGGUUCGGACAGAAUUUGGAGGGAAAAUCAAAGAGUGAAAUAUGUUUUCAACAACAGUAUUUACCACAACACUUUUCAUCCUAUUACUAAUGUGAAAGUGUGUUUGUGGUAAUGGUGACUCGCUCUCACAUUGAGUUUCUACCUCGCAGAAAUGUGACAAAUCCAAAUCUGGGUACCUGUCUGGAGAGGAGAUCGAACAUUUCUAUGAACUGCUGACCCACCGGGAGGAGAUCCAUGUGAUCUAUGGAGAGUAUGCUAAAACUAAAGGCCACAUGAGUCCUGAGAACCUGGUGGAGUUCUUGAUGAAAGAGCAGAGGGAGAAAGCCACACUGGCCGACGCACACAGCAUCAUCGAGAAGUUUGAGCCUGAUGAAAAUGGUCAGUAUCAGGAGUAACUUCAUUUCUUUUAUGUAAGAGUUAUUUUUCUAAAAACUUUGAUAAAGUUUUGAGAUCCAAACCUCAGUUCUGGGACAUCCAGAUAUAAUUUUUGGUCUUAUAGUCCUUUACCAGUUCAUGAUAAAGUCAUCACUCAAGUUUCCAUCCAUCCCUAUUCCUCUCAAACUUGAUUAAAAUAUGACUAUAACUCUCACAUUGAUUAAAAAGGAAAAUAAUCAGCCAAUAAGAGCAUUUCUUACAGAGAUGACAGACGAGAAGAAGCCUUUUCAGCUCACUCGCACUUUUAAAUGAAUAUACUGUUUAUUCAUGUCCACACUCAGACUUAUAGCAUUACUUAUGUUAACUCUGUCCACAGUACAAAAACAGGCAGAAUAAUUUCAAAAAUGUCUUGUUCAUUUUAGUUUCUGCUCUGUUAGGUAUAGUUAGAAGAACUAUGAGUGUAUUUUAAUGAGAAAAAAAGAUAAUUGUCUCACUGACUGGUGGGUAUUAUUAUGUAGCUCUAAAACAGAAAAUGACUAAUUGCUGAUGACAGAUGCAUCUUUUCAGCAAUUUCCAAGUCAAACAUCGUGCUGUAACACCAACUCUUAGUCAGACUUUUUGAAUGCAAAUAGGGUCUAUUAAUAUUAACUCACAAGAUAAACCCUGGAGUACAGGCGUGUGGCUGUGAUGAAAGUCUAUUCAGUGUUAUUGGUGCUUUAAAAGUAAUAAGUGAUGUGUUGGUGGAAUGUUUUAUUUUCCUGUAACACAGCUGAGGACUUGUAUUUUGGACCUUUUUUAUUUUGCCAGAGGUGCAGAAGAUUUCUCUGCUGAUUUAUUGCAGGUAUUUUCAGCUUUUGUUGUGGAACCGGUCUAAAAUAAGCACGAGGGAAAUCUGAUCCUGUCUAUGACAGAGAGCAGAAAUGUUACACUCACACUCUUUGCUGAGGGUAAAUAAUGGCUCUCUGCUCAGUGUCAUUUUACCUCAUCCUUUGUGUUUUUGUUUUCAGCCAAGCGGAUCAAGCUGCUGUCGAAAGAUGGCUUCAUCAUGUACCUGCACCACCCUGAGACCAUGGUGCUCAAUCCAGACCACAGAGACGUGUACCAAGACAUGAGCCAGCCCCUCAGCCACUACUUCAUCUCCUCCUCACACAACACCUACCUGAUGGAGGAUCAGCUCAAAGGGCCAAGCAGCACCCAGGCGUACAUCAGGUAACAUCAGCCUUCCUCCGACAUGUGAGAAUCUGCCCUUCAGCUCGGCUAUUCAGCUGCUAAAGCUGCUAUUCACUGAUAAAAUCACAACAGUCUGCAGAUGUUUGUCAGACUUUAGUCUUUGGUUUUCUCUCUCCCUCUCCUGAAGAGAGCCGUCCAUACAAUGCUGAGUUUCUCUGACGUGAGCAAAACCUUUGGGCUCGGCACUUAUUCAUUAAUUGACAUACUGUACAUCCCCUACUCUGUCAAGUUUUGACACCAUAUCCUCCAACUUUGGAUAUUAACUUUCACAAGGGCCAUAUGGGACUUUGUGAAUCUAAUCAGCUUGAGAUUUUGAAUCCUAAGCUCUUUCUUUUUUUAAUUCAUUACCACACCAAAUUCCAGUAUCAAUCUACAUGAGUAUCAUAAGAUGCACAUUCAGUAGUCUUGCAAAUGAACACAAAACCCAAAUUUUUUUAUUGUCAGGUCUGACUGUUUUUGUCAUUAAUUUACUGUCUUUACUUCCUGGCAGCAGGAAGUAAAGAAAAAAAUGAAGACAAAAUAACCCUCUUAUUUAUAAACACCAGUACUAGUAACAGCCACACAUUGUCAUUGUGAUCUUUACUGUCUGUGCAGAGUUGGUUGAAACUGCAUCAUGAUACUCUCAAGGGCUGUGACUCACACACUUUCAAAUGAUCAAGACAGCCGUUUCACUCAUUUAUGUCCUAAAAAUCAGCUUUCUGUAAGUGGCCUGUAAAUAAAACUUACCAAAAGUAAUUAGUCAUGUUGUUAUCAAUGUUAUUGUCAGGAUUAUUGAGACAGGUCUGAAACUGUUGUGCACAGGGUUGAAUUAUUUUUCACAUUUCACAAUCAGAAGUGUCACCACUUUUCUCAGUUCAUAUUCAGUGUGUGGACAGAUUUAAGCUCCCCUUGGUUUUGAAAUCACAGAGCAGAUUUACAAAGCACUGAGUAAGAUGCUUAGGGCUCACUUCCACGAUCAGACACAAAACAAGAGCAAACUGCAAAGAGCUGCAGAUUUUUGGCGUGUUUACCCUUUGCUUAGCUGUGUUAAAAAGCUGCAAAAACAAACUCUGACAUUUGACUUACAAGUCAGCUCUGGGUCAUCUUUUUUAUACUUUCCUUUUUUUCUUUUCGUGACACAAACAAGGAUCAUAUACAAGCAUUCUGUCACAUUGAGUAAUACACAUAAGUGCUCCUCACAGGGUGAUAAACUUUUGUUUAGAAUCUACAGCAAUUUCAACUGUCUCACUCUGCAUCAGCUUGGUAUGUAACCCAUUUAGCCCAGUAGUCUUUCCCCUUUUGCUUCUGUAAUCUCAAAGUGAAAGUUAAACAUUCCAUACUGUAUAUGUCAUUCAUUAUAUUUUUCCAUACGUCCGGGGUGGGAGGUUCUCUAAGAAGCCAGCAUCAGGGUAUUGCUUUUUCACUUGCUACCAUGAGGAUCUUUAAUAGGUAUCCGUCCCUGUUAUGCAGACCCUUUGAUAUAUUCCCCAAAUAAAAUGAGACACAAGUGAAGUCAAUAUCAAAUCCCAGAAUCCUCUUUGUUGUAGCUUGUACUUGGGUCCAGAAAGGUUGCAAGGCGGGGCAGGUCCAAAAAGCUCAGGGUCAUCUUGACUUGAUGAUUUGCUUGUUCCCUUUCAGGGUUUUGCGAUAAUGUAAACACAUUGUUACUGAAAUCAAAGUGAGUUCAUGAACAGUCACUCUCUGGCUUGUUCACUCUCAGCCCAAUCAUGAAGUCACUCAUGUUAUCUGUGUCUCUCAGGGCUCUGCUGAAAGGUUGUCGCUGUGUGGAGCUCGACUGCUGGGAUGGAUCAGACGAUGAGCCAGUGAUUUACCACGGCUACACACUCACUUCACAGAUCCUCUUCAAAGACGUCAUCAAAGUCAUCAAGGAGUACGCUUUUAAGGUGUGUUUAGGGAUAUAGGUUUCAGUUGUACCCAGUUUAUGUGUUAAUUGUUUGCAGUAAGACUUCUGUCUUUCUGAUUUUACUCUGUGCUCUCCUCCAGACGUCAGAUUACCCGGUGAUCCUCUCCUUGGAGAACCACUGCAGUGUGGAGCAGCAGGAAGUCAUGGCAAAACACAUGAGCACCAUUUUAGGCAGCGCGCUCGUCACCAGCCCUCUGGGUGAGGGCAUGCCAUCAGGUUUCCCAUCUCCUGAGGUUUGUAUCACUUCUCGUUGGUACAUUUUAUAAUUAUACUUUGAUGACUGAAGGUUUCACAUACCAGGCGCUCACCUAGCUACUCUGUUUGUUUUUGCACGUGUGUGUUCAUGUUCACCUCUAGGAGCUGAGGGGAAAGUUCCUGAUCAAGGGGAAAAGGUUAAACAAACUGGAGGCCAUGUUUGCUCCUGAGGCAGCUGCAGCUGAUGACACAGACGUGACAGAGGAGGACGAAUCAGAUGAGGAAGAGGAGGAGGAGGAGGAGAAAAGAGAGGUGAGGAUUACAACAAGACAAAGUAAAUGAAACUUUUUACUGAAGAUUUUUUAGCAUUACUCUAUAUUACUUUUGUGCUUACAAUUUUACGAUGUUUUACAUGUAGACAAAGAAGAAACUGAAAAUGGCCAAAUCACUGUCCGACAUGGUGAUCUACUGUAAGAGCGUCCACUUCCACGGCUUCGAAGAUGCAAGGAAAAAUCUGAGCUUCUAUGAGAUGUCGUCUUUCAAGGAGGGGAAGGCCAUGGCGCUGGCAGAAGAGUCGGGUGAGGAGGACUUAAGCACAGAUUUACUCAAGUGUUUUAAAGUUACACUUUAUUGUAAGGGUAUGCUAAGAAUCAAUUUAGUGUUGCUUCCUAUAGACUGUAUUAAAAAAUGGAAGAAAUUACAUCUCCCUCAAAGUGAAGCCAAAACAUUUGGAGCUCCCUCCUCUGACUGGCUGCAGUGUAGAUCUUAUUCCUCAUUUCAUAGGAAAAAAAAUUAGUGCCAAAAAACUUGUCAUGAAAAGUGCAACAAGUCACAUUUCAACAACACAAAUGACUCUUCACUACAUGAAGCAACAUUUAACUGAACUAGGUUAAGGUUUGCGAAAUGACUCGGGGACUGUGUAUGAGUCUGAGUCUAGUGAUCAUAACAUUUACAGUGUUAUCAUGUAUUCAUGUGAUUUACCUAGACAGACACUGCGGUGUGCUUUUUUCUUCAAGUGUCCUCUGAAGUCUGUCGAGUUUCAUCCUCAAGGCACUGCAUUCUCAUCAGAGAGGAUACAGUAUUGCCUUUAAAAAACUGUCUCCACAGGUCAUCUGUUUUCUUCCUUCUCUUUGUACAGGUUGCAGGUUGUAGUGAGGAUAUCAUUUUUGUGGUGCUAGCUGCCGACAGGAGCUUAUGAGGCUUUUGAUCAGACCGCCAGUAGCUAGUUUUGGUUUCCUACCAGAGACUGUAACCAGACUCCUUAAAAAAGUAUCCAAUGACCAUAAAAACGACAUGCGUCAUUCUCUAAUCUCACCACAAACAUAUCCUCCCACUUGGCGCUCCAUUUAAGCUGCCAGAUUUUCCUCUCCACCUUUGCUUUGCCAUUUCCACCACUGCCAUGUUCAAGUGCUGUGCUCAAAUUUCCAGCCCCACCCUGGAAACCACCUGCAGGCUCCAACUAGGAAGUUGAAGACGUUGUUUUAUAACGCAAUGUAAAAGAAACACUGCAGAGUGAUGAGGUUUGAGCCCACAUGCCAAACACAAACAGUGUCCAGCUGCUGCUGCAACCAACAGUUGAAGCAUAAACAUUGACUUGUCUGACUAAACUGUCAUCAGAGUAAUUUCUUUCAAUAAUUAAUGUCCAAAGUUCUUUUCUGAUUUCAGUUUUAAUUAGUUAAUUGUUGUUAUAAAAAGGGUGUAACAACGUGGUUGAAAGCCCUGUUGACAAAUGCAGAACUAAGUGUAACAGAUUUGCAGAGCAGAGGCGAAGGAGUCAUCCGGCAUGUUGACAGGAUGUUAAAGUAGCAAUGUACUGCUUAAAUUUUCACUGAAACUGGAAAUUUAAAAUACAUAUAAACAUCUUAAUCUUAAAAAAUUGCUUUAAGUCAAAUUUCUUAAACUCAGGCUGACAUAACUUGAUUUGGAAUUGAUUUUCUCUGGCACAUGUACACCUCAUCCUGACCAAAACUGGCCCAAGUGUUCUGCACAUGCUCCAUAGUUUACAUCUUGGGUUUAAACCUGGAAGUCAAACAGCAUGUGUAGAUUGAAGGAAUUUGUAUUGUAUAUUGUACUGUCUGAUGAAGUGCAGAGCUGUAAAGUUGUGUGUUUGUACUGUUCAACACACAACCAGCUUCUUGCUAACUUGAUUGUUGUAAUCUGUGAUGUAAUAGGUCAACUGGAGGAAGGUCCAGUAGUAACCAGCUGAAAGGCAGCAGAUUGCCACUAACCCGGGAUUUCCACCGCAUCCGGAAUGGCGGCGAUUUUUCGCCGUACGCUAAUUACUACCAGAGGCGAAUUUCGUGGUGGAUUACGAACAGCAGGAAUCACAAGAACUCACAAGAACCUGCAGAUUCAUGUGCAAUCGAGCGAUAACAAAUUGUCUUUAGCCACAUAGGCUAACCAUAUAAGCACUAGACUUCCAGAUAAGGACAUCUACUUCUUAACCAGGGGUGGGCAAUCAUGUGCCAUGGAGGGCCGAGAGGCUGCAGGUUUUCUUCCCUACCCAAAACUCCACCAGGUGAUUUCACUGAUUAGUCCCUGCGCUCUGCUUGGAGGUAAGAUAAUCAGUGAAAUCACCUGGUGGAGUUUUGGGUUGGGAAGAAAACCUGCAGCCUCUCAGCCCUCCAUGGCACAUGAUUGCCCACCCCUGUUCUGGACUUACAAAAUCAGCAUGUCCUAAUCCAUGGUGUCAUCGAUCCGCUUGACGUACGGAGCGUUUUAUUUUGAAAGAAGCUGGAUGUUUUAUUUUGUCUGUGCCCGACUUCCUGUCCAGCACAGGUUAAUCUGUGCUGAAUUUAUCCGGCAUGCUCCAGUGUCUGGAAAAAAAUAGAACUCUUGCGAUCAGCUGCUGAGUCCGGCGAUCUGCAGCAGAACGGAAAGAAGCCGGUGGAAAUUGACACAUUGACUUGAAUGGCCAGCCAUGGCCAGCGAAUACAGCCUUUUCGUAGCCAUUCUGGAUGCAGUGGAAAUUGCUGCUAAGACUAGUGGAGGAAGAAUGAUUGUUAAUGCAGUUCUUGUGCAGUGCUUAUAAACUGAGAGAUGGACUGUUAUAUUUUGGCUUCACUUUAGUUCUUUGAGCUAAGAUAGGAGUGCGUCAGCCACCUUUAUUUACAGUCUGUGGCCCUUAAGUCUAAAAAGAAGGCUGUGCAGUAAAAAUUAUUUUUUUUAACCUCAUAAUUAUUCUCCCUGACCAGAAAUUUGCAGUAUUUACAUUUCAAGUCUGAUUUUUAAUGUUUCAACAGUUAUUUUGCCACUGUUGUGGUUAAUAAAUCAUUAGACAAAUGUUGACUUUGUGUUUGGUAUGAACCAUGGUGUGAGAUGUUUUAAAAUCAAGUAUGAAGUCACAGCUCCGUAAAUAAAUUUGUAUCUGUUUGUGAAUUUUCCCUCUGCAGCAAAUGCUUACAUCCGUCAUAAUGUGGAGAAACUGAGUCGUAUCUAUCCAGCCGGCUCCAGGACCGACUCCUCUAACUACAGCCCUGUGCCUCUGUGGAAUGCUGGCUGCCAGAUUGGUGUGUAAUCCUGACAGAGAGGAGACACAUACAGUUAAAUUUGAAAAUGUAGCAAGCACUGAAGAGAUCUCUUUCAUUUUGCUCACAGAAGUUUGAUUUAACCAUCUUUUAUUUUUAGUGGCCUUAAACUUCCAGACAAACUGUUCAGACAUGGACGUGAACCAGGGCAAGUUCAUGGUGAACGGCAAGAGCGGCUACAUCCUGAAACCACCCUACAUGAGGGAUGUAAACACAGAGUUUGACCCCAUCACCCUGAUCCGAGGAGAGUGGCUACAGCACAAGACACUACAUGUCAUGGUGAUUGUUUCCUCGGCAUCAGGCCCAAGCUGCUGCUGUGGUUUCCUGUUUAAAGUUCUGCUUUUCAGGCAGUCUACAAUCUGACAUUAGUUUUUUUUUCACCUAUCUCUUCAGGUCAUAUCGGCCCAGCAGCUCCCCAAAGUGAACAAGAAGAAGUCCUCCAUCGUGGACCCGCUGGUUAGAGUGGAGGUGUUGGGAGUGCCGGCUGAUGCUGCACAGAAAGAGACCAACGCUGUUGAAAACAAUGGUACCUGUUCCUUUUGAACUCCCUGUGGUAUCAUACUAGCACAUCUGUAUACUUUCAGAAGCACCAUGAGUUUGUAGGCAAAACUCUUGUUGAACAUCACAAUGUAAUUUUAUCAUGCACCAUGGCAAAAUAUGUCUCUAUCAACCAGAUUGUAACACAGCAAAGCACCAUAGAUCAGUUGUGAGAGGUAAGAUCCUUGGUAACUGGAGAAGGUUCUCCUUAGCCUACAAAGUGUGGAUCCAUAUGUAAUCUUGAUAAAAUCACUUACUGAUUUCUGAUAAGGCUUGUGAAGCAAAAUGAUGCUAGCUGCCAUGCUAAAUAUGCUAAGUCCUGGCAUACUGCAGAAACUGGCAGAGGUGAAGUUGAAGCUAUACAGCAUGGUCCUUCUUUUUGAUUUCAGACGUCAGGAAUUACAGACACUUCACCUAGAGGGCCUCUUGAAGUUGGAAUUCCUACAUGGCCAAACUUGGACCAACUCAGUAUCUCAAUUUGUUGAAUGGUUGCUCCCUGCAUCACCUGUAAAACAGCUGUGCUAUUAAUACUGCUAAUUAGCAACUUUGUCUUGUUUUGCCUAAUUUAAAGAUCCCCUUGUGUGGGAGAUAGUUUACAAGUCUGUGGACAUGUUGUGUUGCUUUUGCAUGUGAACUAUCAUGAAGUGUGUUUUUUCUGCCUGGUACAACUAACGAUGCUGACAACAGUGGGGGCUAUUUUCCAAUGUUGUUCAACUCAUUGCUGAAACAUGCUUGCAGCUUUUUUUUUUUUUUUGCUGCCAAGAACACACUUCAUGCAUGAAUGAGACUGAAUCAGGAAAGAGGCGAGAUGUUCAGCGUUGUCGACAGGAGGUGCCAAAAUCAACACAAACCAGAAGUUUCUCUCAGGAUCUUAAAUAUCCCUAUAUUUAGGGUUAGGGUUAGGGUUAGCCCUUGAUUUUCCUUCUGCACUGGCUUCAUUUUUCAACACUGGAAGUCACUACUUGUGUUAAACAGAGCUGCAUAAAACUGAUAUAUUCAUGCAGUUAUGGCCAUUGCAGUGCAUUCUGGGACUAGAAAUUACCUAUGAAGCCCAGGUUAAAAGAUGGGUGGGAAACCUGAGGAUUAAUGAAUAAAUGAAGAUGUUUGUGGUGUAUCCAGUUACUGAAGGCACGUUGUCCUCAUCUCUUCAAGGUUUUAACCCUUCAUGGAAUGAAAACUUCCAAUUUGACGUAUAUGUGCCUGACCUGGCACUCGUGCGUUUUACAGUUGAAGACCACGACUCCACGUCUGAUAACGAGUUCAUCGGACAGUACACUCUUCCAGUCAACAGUGCAAAAAUGGGUAAGCUCUAAUCUGAAGCACUGGUAGUUUUUUGUUUUCUCUCUCCAUAAAUGAACAGAGGUGGAAGCUGUCUCUUUUCUGGUCUAACACAGAGAGCUCAGUUCACACUCUGCACAAAAAGCUCUUCAUUCUUUGCUUUUUCUAAAUUCUAACUGCAGCCACUUUGUGCUCCCUCACAGGAUACAGACACGUUCCUCUGCUCAACAAGAACGGAGACCUGCUCCCCUCAGCUGGUCUCUUUGUACACAUCAUGCUACUCGAUGCUAAGUAAGACAUCACUGUAGAAGACAAACAACCUCUAUUACACAGCCAUGCUGAAGCUGGUUUUGUCUGAUCUUGGUAAUCUUAUUUUUUCCUCUCGGUCUCUUUUUGAAGCUUUUUGCAUUAGUUUAUGAUUAACUUUUUGGCAUCACUCCAGUAGUUUGAGCAACUACUCUAAAACUUUCUUCUCAAGGGACAUUGAGUCAGUAGAAACUGAAGAUCUCCAUCUGCAGUUGGAAUAAAUGUAUUAGAGGAUGAAUGUGUGCAUAAGUACUGAGAAUGUCAAACUUUCCAGAGCUGAAAACAGACUUUGUAAGUUGCUAAAGUUUCAGUUUGCAUUCAUUCUUUAGCAUGAGUCCUUUAUUUCUGAUCAGUUCAUGUUUUGUUUAUUUAAAUCUUUUGAUCCAAGAGACUAUUUUCAGAAUCUCAUAGAGCCAAUACCAGCAGUUGUCUUAGCCAACAAAUACACCUGUUUUUUAUGUGACAUCAACAUGAUUCGUCUUACCUUUUUGUAAAUCAAGAUGAAGAUAAAAAGUUUUAAACAUGAA